CUGUGGGCCUAUCAGUCUCACUCCAGUGACUGGUAAAAUUAUGGAGAAGAUUAUUCUGGGAAUUAUUGAAAAACACUACAGGGUUAUGCAGUCACCAGUCGUAGCCAACAUGGCUUUGAAAGCAAAACCUAAUUGUCUGUUGAACCUGGUUUCCUUUCAUGACCAGGUAACCCACCCAGCUGACCAAGGGAAGACAGUAAAGUUUUUGAUACUGUCUCUCACAGGAUCCUUCUGGACCUAAUGUGCAGCCCACAUCUGGAUAAACACAUCAUGGGAUGGAGGGAAACCAAAGGUCAGUUUCUCAUAGAUCACAUCUGCAACUAUUACAGCUUGCUGGAAAAAGACUAUUUUGGCAUUCGAUAUGUUGACCCUGAGAAGCAGAGGCACUGGCUUGAGCCCAACAAGUCCAUCUUCAAGCAAAUGAAAUCUCAUCCACCAUAUACCAUGUGCUUUAGAGUGAAAUUCUACCCACAUGAACCCUUGAAGAUUAAAGAAGAGCUCACCAGAUACCUCUUAUAUCUACAAAUAAAAAGGGACAUUUUCCAUGGCCGUUUGCUGUGUUCCUUUUCUGAUGCUGCCUACUUGGGUGCCUGUAUAGUCCAAGCUGAGCUUGGUGAUUAUGAUCCUGAUGAACACCCAGAGAAUUACAUCAGCGACUUUAAGAUUUUUCCCAAGCAGUCACAAAAGCUUGACAAGAAAAUAGCUGAAAUGCAUAAAAAUGAAUUCAGAGGUCAGAGCCCAGCUGUUGCUGAAUUUAACUUGCUUCUUAAAGCAAAUUCUUUGGAAACUUACGGUGUUGAUCCUCAUCCUUGCAAGGACUCAUUCGGUACAACUACAUUUUUAGGAUUCACAGCUGCAGGAUUUGUAGUUUUCCAGGGGAAUAAAAGAAUUCAUUUAUUAAAAUGGUGUGAUGUCUAUAAACUGAAAUUUGAAGGGAAGACAUUUUAUGUGUUUGGAGCUCAGAAAGAGAAGAAGGCUGUGCUGUCAUUCCAUACCUCUACACCAGCAGCCUGCAAGCAUCUUUGGAAGUGCGGGGUGGAGAACCAGGCUUUUUACAAGUAUGCAAAGUCCAGUCAGAUCAAGACAAUGUCCAGCAGCAAGAUAUUUUUUAAAGGCAGUAGAUUUCGAUACAGUGGAAAAGUAGCCAAAGAGGUUGUGGAGGCAAGCUCUAAAAUCCAGAGGGAACCUCCUGAAGUUCACAGAACCAGCAUUACCCAGAGUCGCAGCUCUCCCUCCUUGAACAAGCAACUCAUAAUCAACAUGGAACCUCUGCAGCCUCUCCUUCCUUCUCCCUGUGAGGAGGAAGAGGUUCCUUUAGAUGAAGGUAUCCAACUGCCAAAAGAAGAGGAGAUUUCAGUACCUGUGACUUCAAGCUCUCCAGUAAAGGAUACUGGGAAGGAUAUUGAUCUUGCCAUUGAACAAGAAGAGAAGAUGAAAGAGGAACCCUUAACCAUCUCAGAGCUGGUAUACAAUCCAAGUGCCAGCCUGCUGCCCACACCGGUUGAUGAUGAGAUUGACAUGCUUUUUGAUACCUGCCCAAGAGCAGAGAAUGAGAAAGAUGAUACUGAUUCAUUUGAGGAACUUGAAGCAGAUGAAAACGCAUUUUUAAUUGCAGAGGAGGAAGAACUGAAAGAAGCUCGGAGAGCCCUGAGAUGGAGCUAUGACUUUCUAAUGGGCAACAUAGAGGUUAAUGCUUUUGUGAAGAGUUUCUCCAGACUUUUUCUUGUAGGCCUUGGACUAUUGUUGUUUGUGUUCCCCCUUUUCCUUGUUCUCUUGGAGUCGGAUCUUCAAAUCUCUUUCCUUCAUGAAAUUCGCCAGACGCCGGAGUUUCAGCAGUUUCAUAUUGAAUAUUACUGCCCCCUUAGGCAGUGGAUGGCUUGCAAAAUAAACUUCAUCCGUGAUAUUCUGGGCAGCUUUUAA